AUGGCAGGCGCCUGCGCUUCCCUGCCGCCAAAUUCUCUCACCCAAGCGUUCACGCUUGAGUCGAAAUUGCCAUCACCAUCGCCCCACAACGGUAAGCGCCUGCGCUCGCCUGCCAUCAAACUCCUUUACUCAAGCGUUCACGCUUGGGUCGAAAUUGCCAUCGCCAUCGCCAUCGCCCCACAACGGCAAGCGCCUGCGCUCGCCUGCCAUCAAACCCCUUUACCCAAGCGUUCACGCUUGGGUCGAAAUUGCCAUCGCCAUCGCCCCACAAUGGCAAGCGCCUGCGCUCGCCCGCCGUCAAACUCCUUUACUCAAGCGUUCACGCUUGGGUCGAAAUUGCCAUCGCCAUCGCCCCACAACGGCAAGCGCCUGCGCUCGCCUGCCAUCAAACUCCUUUACUCAAGCGUUCACGCUUGGGUCGAAAUUGCCAUCGCCAUCGCCAUCGCCCCACAACGGCAAGCGCCUGCGCUCGCCUGCCAUCAAACCCCUUUACCCAAGCGUUCACGCUUGGGUCGAAAUUGCCAUCGCCAUCGCCCCACAAUGGCAAGCGCCUGCGCUCGCCCGCCGUCAAACUCCUUUACUCAAGCGUUCACGCUUGGGUCGAAAUUGCCAUCGCCAUCGCCCCACAACGGCAAGCGCCUGCGCUCGCCUGCCAUCAAACUCCUUUACUCAAGCGUUCACGCUUGGGUCGAAAUUGCCAUCGCCAUCGCCCCGCAACGGCAAGCGCCUGCGCUCGCCUGCCACCCAACCCUCCUACCCAAGCGCCCAAGUGUCCACGCCUGUGUGGAAAUUGCCAUUACCAUAGCCUCACAACGGCGAGUGCUUGCGCUCGCCUGCUGCCUAAUUCUCACCCAAGCGUCCGCGCUUGGGCGGGGAACUUCAUCAUCACCACCACCACAACGGCGAGCAUCUGUGCCCGCCUCCCGUCUAUUUACGGUCGCAAAGGAGUUGUACGAUCGACCUAGGGGCGUCGAAUUGCUGCGUUCCUCCCCUGAACGGUCAGCCCUUUGUCAAUUGCCGCCUCUCGGUCUUCUUUAUCGCAAUCAGCACCCGCCCUCCCGUAGGCACAAGUAGCAGAACACCAAUUUCAUCAUACGGGGUAACACGCCCGCCAAGACACCGUUGCACGUUGCUGAGCAGCCGGAAGAGGCCAUUCCAGAAUCAGCAAAAAAAGAUAGGCCGCUUGGAUCUUAGCUAGAAUGACUACAGCUACCUCACGGCCUCGCAAAAGAAUUUCUGGCGUAGCGUUGACGCGAAGUCUGUUUGU